UGCACUCAGUGUGGAAAGAGUUUCUCAACCAAACAACAUCUUAAGAUUCACAUGAGAGUUCAUACAGGAGAGAAGCCGUUCACAUGUGAUCAGUGUGGAAAGAGAUUCACACAAAGAGGAAAUCUUAAGAAUCACAUGAAAGUUCACACUGGAGAGAAGCCGUUCACAUGUGAUCAAUGUGGGAAGAGUUUCUCACAAAAAGUACAUCUUACUGUUCACAUGACAGCUCACACAGGAGAGAAGCUGUUCACAUGUGAUCAAUAUGGGAAGAGCUACAGUCAAUCAUCAAGCCUUAAAGAACACAUGAUGAUCCACAGUGGAGAGAAGCCACACACAUGUGAUCAAUGUGGGAAGAGUUUUACAACAAAACAAAGUCUUGAGAUUCACAGUGGAGUUCAUACCAGAGAGAAGCGGUUCGCAUGUAAUGAAUGCGGCAAAACGUUUCUCUGGGCAUCAAACCUGAAGAAACACCUGACAGUUCAUACAAAGGAGAAGCCACAUUCAUGUUCUGUGUGUGGAAAGAGUUUUUCACAGCUGUGUAGUUUACAAGAACAUGAGAAAAUACACACUGGUGUGAGAGAGUACAUGUGCUUUGAGUGUGAGAAGACUUUUAUUACAGCAAACCAAUUAAAACGUCAUGAGAGAAUUCACACUGGAGAAAAACCUUACAAGUGUUCACACUGUGACAAGAGAUUCAGUGUGUCAUCAGAUCUGAAAACACAUGAGAGGAUCCACACUGGAGAGAAACCUCACAAGUGUUCACAGUGUGACAAGAGAUUCAGUCAGUUAGCACAUCUGAAAACACAUGAGAGGAUUCACACUGGAGAAAAACCUUACAAGUGUUCACACUGUGACAAGAGAUUCAGUUGUUCAUCAUAUCUGAAAGCACAUGAGAAGAUCCACACUGGAGAAAAACCUUACAAUUGUUCAUACUGUGACAAGAGAUUCAGUGAUUCAUCAUCUCUGAAAACACACAAGAGGAUCCAUAGCAGAGAGAAGCCGCACGUGUGAUCAGUGUGGAAAAAGUUUCUCUUUUAAAAAUCACCUGAAGAUACACAUGAAGAUCCAUGCAGUGGAGAAACCACAUCACCACAGUCUGAAAUCCAAUAAGUAGUUCAUCUUUAUGUGCUGAGGAACAAAGUAGUUUCCUUACAGCCACAAUAAGUGGCAGGACGGUUUGGUGGUUGCUUAGUGUCUGCUUGGAAAAUCUGAAACUUCUCCUGAAACUACAACAGAACGAUCAAAUCACUGUUAAAACAGACUGUAUGGAUCCCUUAAGGUCAGUGUGACAAACUAGUGACUUACACUUAGUGAACAAACUGCCAUGUUUCUAUCAUUGUCAUUUACAACAUAACAAUAAAACAACCUAAAACUGAC